AUGGCGACCAAUGAAUUUUCAGGUCAUCUUCCAUCAGAUAUGGGCCUCUUCCUUCCAAAGCUGAAACAACUUGGUCUUUUAGAAAAUAAACUGAGCAGAAGAAUUCCCAACUCCAUCUCCAAUGCUUCACAGCUCACUCUCCUAGACUUGAGUAGGUACUCAGUGUCGGGCAUAAUUCCAAAAGCACUUGGUUUCAAUCAAUUAACUUCCACGAUUCCUUUGAGCUUUCGGAGCCUUACAAAUGUCUUGAAGGUUGACUUGUCAUCCAAUUCAAUAAUUGGCAAUCUUUCAUUAGAGAUUGGAGAUAUGAAAGUCUUGAGGAUAUUGGAUCUAUCAAGAAAUGAACUAUCAAGGAAUAUCCCAAUUACAAUUGGUGGCCUCAUAGAUCUAACUAAUCUCUCUUUAGUAAUCAAUCAACUAGAAGGUUCAAUUCCAGAGUCUUUUGGUGCACUCUUAAGCUUGGAGAUGUUUGAUAUUUCUGGCAACAAUUUAUCUGGAAGAAUUCCCAAGUCCUUAUAA